CUCAUGUGAAUAUAAACAAAACUUCACAGGUGAAGAAGAUAACGACUAUGCAAAAUUGAGCAAUAUAGAGUUAUAAAUUACAAAAGAAAUACAAAAAAGUUGGUUUCUUUUUAUUUAAUUCUUCAAUAUUUAUUAUAAUUGUUUUCAACAGAAAAAAAAAACAGAAAAAGAAGCAAAAGCAAAACACUUUUUCAAGUUUCUAUAUAGUUUUCUUUUUGUUCUGUAAAAAUUGUGUUGAGAGUUUUUAUUUUAUAAAUUUUAAGGUGUGAAGUUUUUCUCUUUUUCUCGUGAAAAAAUGGAGUCUGUAUACAUUUCUAGACACCACAAUCACAAGAUUGGAGCAAAUCAGUGUUCAUCUGCUCUCACUCACCACAUCAAAGCUCCUGCCGACCUUGUGUGGUCUCUGGUCCGGAGAUUCGAUCAACCUCAAAAGUAUAAGCCGUUUGUAAGCCGGUGCAUAGUGAGUGGUGAUCUUAAGAUUGGAAGUCUUAGAGAAGUAAAUGUUAGAUCAGGUCUUCCAGCCACAACUAGCACAGAAAGGCUCGAGCUUCUUGAUGACGAUGAGCACAUUCUCAGCGUCAGAAUCGUUGAUGGUGAUCACAGGCUAAGGAAUUACUCAUCGAUCAUCUCAGUUCACCCUGAGAUAAACAAUGGAAAGCUAGGGACAUUAGUGAUAGAAUCCUUUGUAGUCGAUGUGCCCCAAGGGAAUACUAAAGAGGAGACGUGCUACUUUGUUCAGGCCUUGAUCAACUGCAAUCUCAAAUCUUUAGCCGAUGUUUCUGAGAGAAUGGCAAAUGCAUGAUAUUGUAUAGCUUAUAGUAGUGUGCACAGGAAACACUAUCACUAUAUAUAUUGAGUGAGGCUAUAUCUCUAACAGUUAUCUACAUAACAAGUGAGGAAAAGAUGAAUACGCCCUUUUGAGGUGAACAUAGUGACUUAUUCCUUUGGGGUGUAUAUGUCAUUUUCUCCUAUGUUAUGUUCCUAACUGUUAGGCAACAAGACUUGUUCAUAAUAAUAGUAAUAGUUCCAAUAUCGUGUGCUUGCUUGAAAUCGAUAAAAGUUUUUUCGGCCCUUUGUAAUUUCGUCCAUCCUUGAAGCUUCGAGGAGAUUGUCUUGGACAAGUGUUUGCAUCCUUUUUUUCACCAUGUUCUGAUGCAGGCUUUGUAGCAUCCCAGGCUUCAUAGUAACUUCUUUUUUUGUAAUUAUGUAAAGCUUGUUUUUCAAGCAAUCCUUCAUGCAAUCUUGCUGUGUUUGUAAGUCUUUUUUAAGUGGUGCUUAUUUCUGUAUAGAGAAUGUAUGGAAAAACUCUUGCAAGAGUGAUGAAGUAUGUUUGUUUUGCUUUUUCUGGUGUAAUAUAAUUCUAUAUACUUGGUGCA